AUGACUUCGGGGGGUCAGCGUAUCGAGUCGAGCUUAGAAUCUGGCUCUAGAUCUGAUAGGGAGUCUUCCGAGAGUGCGAGCUCUUCUCCUGAAAUAUCUUCGAGGUCUGAUACUCAGUCGGAUCGAGAACAGUCUCCAUCUGCUGAAUUAGUGGAUCGAGUCCGCUCUGAAGGGGCGUCUCCGCGAGGUGAAACGGACCUUCGGAUAGUUCCCUUCGAGGAGGAUCGAUAUGAUGGGGAGGCUUCAGAGCAUGUCGAGGACGAGGUCGACGAAGGGGGGGAGGAAGAAAAUGAACAGGGAGAGGGGGAAGAACAAGGUGAGGAAGUCGGACAUCGACGGAAGGGCUCCAAACGCAAGGGAGCUAUCAAAAAUCGACUAGUUGACAUUCCGUCUCAGAUGACGGCUCAACGCCUCGAGGAAUUUCAGCUUCGAUACAGCUUUCGAGGCGAGCUGAUGGCGCCGGGGCCUGAAGAUCGUCCGUGGUAUGCUCCAGAAGAUCGCAACGUUCAGCUCGGAGCUUUCCCGGAGAACUUCCACGAGAACAUCCAGAAGAUCAGAGCAGUCGGGAUUCAACACUGGCCUGACAUCCAUCGCCGAAGAGUCGAGGCUGCCAUUACCCGUAUUACGAACGCUAGCUGGAGGAGAGAAAACCAAUUAAGGGAGAGAGCGAUCGCGAUGUCUCCGAUUCAAGUGAACGCGCCUAGUCUUGCUGCGAGGCUCAGGGCCAAUCGCAGUAGUGGGGGGAAUAAAAGUCGGGAAUCUCUCGCUCAGUCAGAUCGUUCGACCCAAGCGACGGCACCUCAAAUUGUCAACGAGGUCGAAGCUCGUCAAGACAGUGAUCUCGUUGAGGAUCGCGCCCAAACGGUUGAGCCUGAGGCGGGGGCUCAAGAGGAAGGUCAGGCAGUUGCCGAGGGGCCUGAUGAAACUGCGAGGCGAUCUAGGAAGGAGGCGAAGAAGCUAAAAAGAAAAGAGAAGAAGAAAAAGGACAAGGAUGAGGUCGAGACCACCCAGCUUACCGAGGGGGCGAACCAACCCGAGGUUGAUGAGUCGGCAGCGAAGGAGGGAUCAAGGAAGAGAACCUCCGGCGAGGUGGUUGCAGAGCUCUUCGGAUUGAUAAAGGGAUCUACCUCCGAGGUUCCCGCUGCUGAUGACGCGGUCUUCAAAGACAUGGCGGGCUACGCCUUCAAGCUUAGUAAUACUCAGUCCGUUGGGCAGAGAGCCAUGGAAGAGCGGGACGCUGCGAUUGCUCGGCGAAAGUCAGCUGAGGAGAAGUGGCAGGUCGAAAAAAGACGCUCCAAGCAAUUGGAAGAAGCAUGA